CGGUAAUCCGUUUUUGUUUUUCAUGCACAGCUACAGACGGCAAGGUGAGUUUAACUAUACAAUGUAGUUGAGUGUUGUCUUGUGUAUAAAAGGAAUCAUUCUCUUUUACUUGUUUACCUUUUUCAGUAUCAUGAUACCAAUACAUCAAGGAAUCACACACCAUCCAAUUGGCAAUGAAUCUCUUUGGUCUCGAUUUUAAAGCUGUCAAUAAAGAAACAAAUCGGUGUCGAAGUAAACUGGAUUUUGUUUUUUGUAGAAAAUUACUCGAAAGUACAGAGCAGAAUAAAAUGCUCUUUAUUAUUACAAACAAGGAACACUUCAGGACAUCUUUUUAUCUCAUCAUAUGUUCAAAUGAUUUAAAUGAACUUUGUCUUUAUUCACUCUUCAAGAACGUUCAAUUCAACCUUACUAAAACAGCACUUUAAAAGAAAUGAAUAUUGCUUGGUUCGAAAAUGCGCUCUUACUGUAUAAGGUUACGGCCAUGAGCAAAUUAAUUAUUAAUCCGUAGCGUUACAGUCUUAUGAUAAAUGUUAUCAAUUUUCCUUCCUAAACGAAUCAACAUUAUUGCGUGAAAUGAAAUUUAGGGCGAUUGAUUAUUUUGGCAAUGAAACUUUCCUAAACGUAAAUCGAAGGGUAGGAUAGCUGCCAAAAAUGAUCAUACAUGCGCAUUCUGUGGCAACAUGCUUUUUUAAUUUAAAAAUUAGUGACAGAAAUAUUAGAAUAAUAUUAUAAUUGUGCGCCGGUAAAAAGAACGUAAAUCUGACCUACGGCCCUUUGCGUUUUACAGGGAGAAAAAAGAUUCUGCACUUUGCUCUACAAACUGAAUAAAAAUAAUGUAAUGGUUUUUUCGUGCUACCUCAGUUGAAUCCCGAUACAAUGCAAGUGGCAAUUGUGGUAAAAUGUUGUCAAACAUGACGAGACGAAAACUAUAUUUUUUUCCGGUCCAUGAUUUGUCAAAACUGAACCUUGAGCAGAAAGAAAAAAUAAAACAGACGCAAAAACAUGUCAGUGCAAUUGAGUAAUCAUCUUAUAUUUGUUGUCGCUUUUAAUAACGUGUCAUCUUGGAGGCUUUGCCAUCUUUGGUGCUAAAUCGCUUACAAGUUCGCCUCGUUCUGUAAUAAUUAAAAAUGAGCAUUCGUACGGAUAAAAAUUAAAAUUUGACUUAGCACAAGAUUAACACGGCUUCAUGGCUGUUUGACGAGAGCUUCGAGAUCAUUGCAUCAUUACACUGACAAAAACUGAGGUAAACACUGCGCUCAUUUCACAAAAUUUGGGCAGGAUACUUAGAAAAUACUGGAUUGAAUAUGAGUGACUGAUUUUAGUAAUUGGUUUUCUAUGGCCACCAUAAUUUUCCCUACAGUAAAAGUUUAUCACACUAGCAAAUGUCUGUUUUAAUAGAAUCAUAAGACGUAAACAUCAAACGUCGGUUUUGCAACCACUGUCUCGUUUCAUUGGAAUGGGCGCAGCCUUCGUCGAAGGAUUUAGAAGUUAGAAGUACAUUACGUGUCGCUGUAACUGAAUCUGAAAGCACACGAGUUAAUUGGGAAAAAAUGUAUCAUAGCAAGACGUCAAGUUAUUACCUCUGUUAACUCUAGGAAAGCUGGUUUGUGUUUCUUACGGAUUUUGUUAAGGGGGCUGUGUCACGAAAUUUAUCAAAUUCAUACGGUGGGAACUACCGCCAAAUCGAGUGAAAUAUAAAAAUAACAGCUUAAAACGUCAAUAGAAGGUAUAAAUAACACAGCAGAUACAAAAGAAAGAACGAAUGGAUAAAAGUUCUAAGAAGAUUAAACCGGAUUACAAUUAGGGUUUUUGAAAACUUGUUAGCCUAACAGUUUUCAAAGUUCAUUUUUGUUGUUUGUAACGUCUCAUAUUAUGCUUGGGAGACAUAUUUGUUUGACAAGUAGUUUUCAAUUUAUCAUUUGCCACGAAUAUCUUCGCUUGUGUUAAGUUCCAUUACAAAUAAGGACGAGAAUUGGGUAAAAUGUACAAAAUGAAUAACACAGCCGAGACACAGGCCCUUCAACGUAAAGGGUUGAAAGGGACUCAAGCUUAUAUUUUCAAAAAAUGAAAAGAAGCGAUAACUGUGCUUUUUAGGAUGCGUUUCUUUGGGAGAAAGCAAUCCGUUUUAACCCUGUUCAGUUUUACGCAUCCCUGUCACACUGUUCGACUCAACUACCGGUGUGUGAUCUUUUUAUAAUAGUACGAGAAUUUUGAUUUAGGAGGCUUUAAACAUUUCUGGAAUAUAUUCCUCCAGUUGAAGACAUCUGCCCUUCAUUUCAGAGCAAUGAUGGCCAUAUUUGUUGGUUGUUCAUACUUCCGCAUUGUUGUGCUCCUACUUUUCAACACAGUGUGUGGACAAUGGUAAGCACAAAUGGACUAUUUUUAAUACUCAAUACAUAAAAGAUGAUAAGUCUUCUUUGCCUAGAGAUUUAAAGCUUCUCAGAACGUUUUUAAUCUCGAGACUGUGUAUGCCAUGUUAAACAUUCUGAGAAAGCAUGAAGUUUAAGGAGGGCGAUUCAGUAAAAUUGACGCAGAUUUUUGCCCCAAGUAUCCUGAAAAGUCUCAUAUCCUCAUUUUCUACAGGUUCAUCACGAAUUCACAACAAAAAUACCAACUCUCAGUUAGCUUAAUUUAGCUCAGAUAACAAGCACCUAAUGGGUUCGAACCUGUUCAAGGCCGAGUUAUUUUCAGGCUUUUUUUUGCAACAGCUUAAGUUCCUUACAUAAAUGGGAUGAUAUUUCACGUGUUAAACAAGGUACCCUUGCGCAUGGCUGGUGAAGAAAAUUUCAUUCUACAAAGCACGACCUAACAAAAACGGUUUUCAAAGUAGCAUCUUUUAAGAAGGUUUAGAUACCACAGUAUUUUGAAAGUACACUGACAAAGUCGUGGUCGCAUUAAAAACUCAUUACUUGGCUCACUAAUUUACAAUGCAUUUAUCUCACCUUUCUUUACCUGCUGAUAUCUCGAUCCUGUAAUAAAAUAAUAAUCUUCAAUUUCCAUUAUAAACAGCUUACGCAAGCAAAACAGCAGCUCUACAUCUGUAUUAGCGAAGUUAUUUUCUGAUUAUGAUCAAGUCGUUCGUCCUGGAUUUGAGGGUAAGUGUCUCAGUCUGCAUAUAUCCUGUGGACCAAAAGUCCGGGCCUGAAAGCAGUUAUUCAAAUCAAAAUCGAAAGAAUAUGAGCACCGAUACUAGCUUACAAACCAGUCCAUUAUGUUUCGUUCACUGAUACAUGUAGUUUUAUCAUAUUUUCUGCAAAACUAUUCAAAUCUCGAUCUUCAAUUUAAACAACAACAGCUUUCCGUGCCCGUUAAUUAUCGGGGUUUUGGAUAAACGAGGCCUACAGAAAGAAAGGUUACGCCAUACAAAAUCGUCUUUGGUUUUUUCCGACAUAAUGCGCAGUUUUGAAAUAUUUGGAAGAAUAUUCCACGUCAAACGAAAGAAGAUCUUCAAAUAUGUUUAGCAGGAGUUUCCUACCAGCGAGAACAACAAUAUAUCCAAACAAGCAGUGUUCUUCGAAUAAAAAAUGACAUAAACUAGAAAAACUGUCAAGGUAAACAAGCACCAGAACUACGGGGAACGAUUGUCGCUUUUCUUCCCUAUUUAUCCUCAAAAACAAAUAAAUUCACUUUUACCUUGUGUCUGUACGCUAUAUACAUGAGAAUUCGCCAUUUUCACAUAGACCAUAAUGCAUCUUGUUAACCCCCCAAAUUUUAUAUAACAAUUUUUUUCAAUUUCUCCUGGGUAUUACAGUCGUCCCAAGUGAAAUCGAAGACAAUGGUUAUGCAACAUUUUUUAAAGGGGUAAACAAGGUGCAUUAUGUGCUAUGUGAAAAUGGUGAAUUAUGGAUUGAAUAAUUAGUAUCUAUGGAAAUUUUUGUUUCCUAUUUUGACGUCACAUGGACAUUCAGUUGUUGAAGUGUAGUGGCCUAGUGGUUAACAUUUCGAAUUUCGACUCAUUUAGGUUCGAUUUGAAGCCUUGCCGUCGCAUUGCUUCCUUCGACAAUGCAAGAUUCUUUAUUCAAUUGUGUCUCUCUUUACUAAAGUGUAUAAAUGGAAUAAAGUACGAACAUUAACCACAAAGGACUGCAAAGGACCGCAAACGAAUAUACCGCAGAAUGUACGAUCUAUUAAGACUUGAUUAGCAAAAAUAACAAGAGCAGCCUAUGGCUACAAUCCCGCUCUGUUUUGGGUUCUUUCAGUGUCGUGUUGAUGUCUUGCAAAGUUAAUUUUCACGUAGUACGAUCAGCAUUGCAGUGUUCUGCUUGCAGAAGUAAAUAUGUCUAUUUGUAUAAAAGGAAACUUGCACUGUUGACAUACUGCUGGGUGUAGAAUCUGUGAUGGACUCGCGUGUCAUCUAAGAGAUGCUUCACGAUACAAAAUGAACCGGAUUAAGCCCCUGCUAUAUGAACGCUAUUAGCUCGUCUUGCCUUUUACUUUAAUACGUGAUUGAUAACUGAACAGACACACGAUAAGGUGGAAUUUAUCCGAUUAAUACUGUACAUGUUCAAUGAACCUUGUAUUGUCUACUCUACUGCCGUUUUCAGCUAUUCUGAACGAUGCAGGUUCUUAAAUCAAGGAGGAACUCUCACGAUUUUACUUUAAAUCUGUAGGUCAGGCAGUGGAGAUUGUGACAGAUCUUUACGUCGAAUCCUUUGGAAAUAUACAUGAAGCAAACAUGGUAACUCCGAAAGGAUCUUUUCAUCAUCAUCAUCGUAAUCAUCAUCACCACUAUUAAUUAAUUAGUUUAUUUAUUUUCAACUGUCACCUUUAAUAAAUGGUAACGAUUUCUUGAUUGUGAAGCGAAAAAACAGCAGCAUAAAGCAUUGAAGAUAUACUCUUAAAAACUAAAUAAAUAAAUGUAGCGUGAGUCUGAGCAAAAACCACGGCACGAUAUUCCAGAAAUGUAAAAAUGUAAAAUUGUAUUUACGGUAGAACUAAUAGGACCAACGAACAAGCAAUUACUAACAGGCGGUCAAGGGCUCAACUUGACUAUCAGUUCACCUCUACCAAAUUUUCUCUGUUUAUUGGUACCAUUUCAAAACACUUACUACAUCACUCUGGGUAUUUUUUUAUUGUCGCCAAUUUCUCUUCUUUAUUUAACUUUCAGGCUUGUCAAACCAUUAUUAACUGCCAGUUGUCCAUAAAGAACGACCGGUUUAUAUACGUUUGAAUGUAAUCUAUCUUUCUCCCUUACUUUAAUAGGAGUUUAAGGUUUACGGAUAUUUGCGACAGCGAUGGAAAGACGAAAGGCUUGCCGGGAAGCUUGAAAAAACAUUGACCAUAAAGGGAGAGAAUAUAAACCGAGUCUGGUUACCAGACCCUUUCUGCUACAACGCAAGAGACUCCAACUUGAUGCUUCCAGAUUCUGCAGUACACAGCAAAGUUUCAAUUGCCCCGGAUGGCAAUAUUUUAUACACAAGAGGGUUGGAUAAAAAAGUCAUUACUAUUUAAAACUUUUUGCACAGACUACUUCAGUCACAAAUCAAAAUUCCAAUAAACUUAUAUUAAAGAAGCAUCUUCGUAAAAUGCUUGAAAGCUAUCAUUUCAUUGAAAACAAUUACAAUAAGCAGACUCUAAAGCUUUUUUGGUAACAAAAUGACUGUGGUAUUUAGAAGGGUCAAGCAAAUAUAACAGGAUAUUUCAUUUUUUAUGGCGAUCUAUUAUAACCUAUCUACUUCGACAUUGCAUAUCUCCAACACGCUAUUUUACACUGUACGUACGUAGAAAGAUUUAAGGUCCUGUAACUCACAAACGUUAUCCACUCAUGUAUACCAGCGAAAUUUGACACCAAUUAUUACAAUGUCUAUUGUUUGAAUUUUUUUCAGGGUGACCUUUCUGGCUUCGUGUGGAAUGGAACUUCAUCAUUUCCCGUUUGACUCCCAGGAAUGUUUUCUUAAAAUUGGAAGCUGUAAGCAACUUGUUUGAGUGGGAUGUAGACUAACAUAAGCACAGUUGUUCAUUAAAUAUCGUAAACUGUCGGUUAUACGCCCCGCCCCAACCACCUAAUUUUAAGCCCCCCAUCUGACUUGUAUUGAAAUGAAUUCAGUUUAUUAUUAGCACUGCAGUGUUAUGACUUGUGUCUAAGCGCUUAGUCUAUUCCCGGUAAAUGCCUGCUUGGAUAUAGGCCCUUCUAAAUUCCCUUCUGAAGAUGUAUAAGCCCAGGGCUUAUAAGCGCCAGUUUACGGUAUUCCAACAUGAGCAAUGAACACAUCAUCGCGGUUUCUUUUUAAACAAACAACCUACAAUUAAGUUGUAUGGCAAUGUCUCUAUUGAUUUAGUUUUAAACCAAGGGGGGGGGGGAGGUAAAAUGAUGUAACUUUAGAGAAGUCAUUGACGCACACUCUAAGGAUUAAAAAACGCAACAAAGUUGUUGCUCAAUUGUCCAAGAACUACAUUCUACCUAUUACGUAAUCUUCAAAAUGGGUUGGAUUAAUAGGCCUUUCCAUGGGCCAUUUUCGAGUAAUUAAAACUCAUACUUGGCUGCGAGGCUGAGGAGAAUCAAUUAAACGAAAUGAAUUAUUCAUCCGUAAGUCUCAAUGCAAUUUCUUUUGUCAAAAAUCCCUCAGCCUUGAAACAAAGUUAGCCGGUUCCUGUUCCAGAGAUAGUAGGGUCCUCGAAAUUGAGAAAACGCGAUCAAGAAAAUAAAACGAGAGGAAACUGGGAAGAGAAAGGGCGGCGGAGCCUGUAAUCAGUUCUUUAAAAGGCUAGUUCCGGUAUACUAGCUCCUGGUAUACCCUCUGAUUGGUCAGUGUGCAUGAGUCAUUAUCUACCAUUCGUAAGGCAACGAACGCGGAUCACGUGUGUUAUUUUGAUGAAUACAGGCUACAGCGUCUCCUACUGACUUGCGAGAUUUUCGGGACUUAAAUGAUGUUAAAAAAGAGCAGAAAACUUGACUGUCUUCUGAGCUUGGCUCACGGACCUACAUCAUUUUAGUAGUAUUUUUCAGCUCUUCCAACGCCUGGAAAAAGCCGUCGACAUUUCAUAGAAAUCUACAAUAGUAGUCCUUUCGCCGCUCAUCUAUGGAUAAUAUGAGACCAAGCAGGCCAAUAGAAAGAGCGUAGAUUUUAGGUUUCAAUCAUUUGACUCUGUGAAGAAGUAGAGGAGGAUACGAAGAAAGCGAGAGAUGGCAAAUGCUAGUUCAAAAGUAUUUUAUGCCAAAUCCAAACCUUAUUGAAUGAAAACAUACUCGUCCUACCACAAGCUAAAUGGCCUGGAGGCCUGAAAUUAUCAACAAAGGUUUUGUCGGAUGUUAUCAAAUUAUCAGAAAUAAAAUCUCACUGAACAUUUCGUAAAACGCGAUAGCGCACAAGUUUUAAUUGAAUUUACUAGGAACGAUGGAUUGCGAGAUUUGCAGAGGCUAUUUUAAAACUGGAAUUAGAACACAUUUAAAAUUUCGCACAUUAACGGAGUUCGAGUAGCGCGAAAAACUCGCAUAAUAUGAGCAUAAUUCUAGCAAAUUAAAAUUUUGACAGUUUGACAACCGAAUCCGGACGUGACAAAAGUGGGCGGAAGAGGAUUGUGGAAGAAGUGAUCACAAACUCUCUGUCCCUUUCUUUUUCCCGUCAUCGUCUCCCUUUGUCGAGAUGACACGCUCAUAUUUUAACGUGGGUUUCAUUUACGUGUCAUCCCCGCUAUAUGAGUGCCAGGAACAGGCUAAAGCCAAGUAUUAAAUUGAAUAAUUCCAAGCUGAACUAUUUGACACGGAUUGAAAAUUCAAGACCUGAGAAACGUUUGCGUUUUUGGCUUUCGUCAACCAUAAUCACGAACACCAACAACGAACCUUUAAAAGAAAAGGAACAAAGAGAAUGAAUAAGAAUCUACCAAUCACAACUUAUGGGCAAGAAAUUGCAAUUUCGUCCGCUAAACUAGCGACAGGAGAGAAACACGACACCUGUAAUUGCGCAGAGUUUGGGUGUUUAUACCGAAAACUGCGGUGGCAUAUCAGUUAAGAGUUUAGAACACUAACUGCAUAAUAAAACGUUCCUCUACUUCCUUAGACGCCUAUACAAUUGAAGAUAUAAUAUACAAGUGGAAAUACAAUAACAUAGAAGUGGGGGCAACUCGAACAGCGCAGUUUGACGUCUAUAAAGGAUCACUCUCGUCAUCAGUGGACAUCUAUAAAACAGGUAGGGUUUUUCUAAAAGUUGGUAAAAGAAAAGGACUUUUAUAAAGGUGUCAAGAGUUCACCGGAAUCAAACGUUUUUCGAUAUGAAACGUGGAGAAGGAUGUAUACGAUUGGUAAUUCAUACAAAAAGAAUUCAUUUUUCUCUUUUUAAUUUUUUCUCCUUUAACUGACGGAACCGCCAAAGAUGAAAGACGACUAUUGAUUUGUAAAUUCGGACGGCCUACUAGCCCGAGUGCGAUGAUUACACUAAAAAAAGAAUGAAAUUUUAUCUAUUUAAAAAGCGGUAUUGGGACUAAACGGUAAUCAAGAGUCAUUCGGUUUUCUAAACUGCGAUGACAACAGAAAAUCGAUCAAUUCAGGUUCUUGGAAAAUUGUCCACCCACCCCUCAUCACCCUCAAGCCAAAAUUUUGCCUGAGUGAGGAGUACUGGUUAAUGCCGACUUUAGGGAAGGGUAAGUGGGCAGUUUUCCGGAAACCAAAAUUGAUCUGGAAAAACUGUAAAUUUCAGGUAACUUUUCAACAAUAACAGUGACAUAUUUCCUCAAGCGACAUAUUGGCUACUACCUCAUCCAAGUCUAUUUCACUGACAUUUUUGUUGUGGCGCUAAGCUGGAUUGUUUUCUGGAUGGACAAAAAUGACAUGGGCAACAGAAUGGCUAUUGGCAUCACCACUAUCUUAACUAUAACGUUCCUACUUGGAUCUCUCAACGGAUUCAUGCCACGAGUAAGCUACCCAAAGGCUUUAGACUGGUAUUUACUGGUGUCGUUCACACUGACGUUCUUAUCACUAGUGGAAUGCAUGAUCGUGUUUGUUGUCUUCAUGAGUGAAAACAAAGCACACGAUGACCAGGUUUGCUUAAUUGUUUUUUGUGUCUUUGUAUUUCUUAGGCCCCGUCCAUAUGUAUCUGUUUUUGUCAGAAAAUGGAGAUUUUUUAUCCCUUUCCAAAAAAAAGAAACGCUUUCACACCUUGUGCUUUAUAAUCCUCUUUGCCCGUCCACACGAAAACCCAAUAGCGACCGAAAAUGGUACCCACCUUGAUGGGAACAUGCGCAUUCACUGGCAACUGAGCCUGCAACGAAAUAUUUUUCAAAAACCUCUGUUUUCAUUCACCUACACAAGCACAGGAAAACAUCGUUUCCAAAACCUCCACACUGGAGGGCGUUUUUUUAAAAUAUGCGUUUUUGGAGACUGUUUACACUGGAAACGUGCGGAUGGUGGGCCGAACCGGAGAAAAAAAUCUCCAUUUUCAAACAGAAAUACGUGUAAACAGAAAUACGUGUAGACGGUGGGAUGUAAAGAAGAGGCAGUUAAACGGCCACAAAACGAACUUACACUGUGGCUACAAAAGUUGAAGAAAAAAGACUGCCGAAGUGUGAAAACUGCUCGUUUAUAAGACUGUGUAUCUCGACAUGUGGCUAAAAAAUUCUAAAGGGUCUUAUUACAGCUUUUUCCCGAAAUUAUUCUUAAGCAUUUUUUCGUUUUCUGUUCACUACAACGGAAAAAACAUUUAAAGCAAAUAAGCCGAUUUCGAAUUAUUAAAAUUUAUACUUGGCUCCGAGGCGGCAGAAGGGCCAUAAACAAAGGUGAAAAAUCUCAUUGAGAUUCAGAAAAGAAUAAUCCAUUCCUUUUGUUUUCUUUUAAUUCGAAACUGGCCCAGUAAAAAUACUAUUAGAGCCACUGCAACAUCAAAACACUCUUACGCAGAAGACAUAAAAUACUUUUAAAAAAGUAUGAAAUUAUAAAGAAGACAAGAACUACAGUGUAUGGGAAAAAAUGUUGCUCAUGAUCAACAAGAUCGGAUGGUCUGAUGCUUGUAAAAGCAGUUAAAGAGACAAAUCUAAACUCUUUUAACAACUUUUAACGUUUUUCAAUCUUUGAAAAUGCCGUUGGAUACAGUCGAAACGUCGAAGAAUAACGUGACUUGCGAUUAGCACCGAUAAAAGCCUAUGAUUACCGUUCAAGAACAUGGAGAUUGGUUUAAAUCAUUUCCAUAUUUUUAUCUUAUCACAGAAAGGACAAGGCCGUGCUGAUAGUUCAUCAGCAACAGUUAAGGCGAUGUUUCAUGAUGACCAGGCUGAAGUCCUCAUCGAGCGAAGUGAAAGCAAACCGCGCCAUGGUGUCAAUUGUGUGAAUCAGGGUUGUCAAUCAAACACUGAAGGCGGCACCUGUGAGAAAACCGCGUUCCUGGUACCCAACCAACAGCAACAGAAAAGUAAAAGAGGUCGUGCUGACUUUAUCGACAAGAUUUCGCGGGGAUUAUUUCCACUCAUCUUCUUCACUUUUAAUAUUGCUUACUGGUGCUUCUACUUGCUCAUAGUCUAA